GCCCGGACGCUCACUCGGCGUAUUGCGCAGCAUUGGAUUUCAUUCCGAGCAUAGACCUCGCGCAGGCAUUGUUCCAAGAGGCAGUCGACCGCCGGAUUUUUCCGCAGUUUGCCGAGAUGGCACAGGGCUGUCGCACCCUGGACCUCCACGGGCUGUCUGUUGGAGCUGCCGCGGCGGCUGUGUGCUGGUGGCUGCAGAGGCUCCAGCAUAGCUGGCAUAGCUCACAGCCUUCAGGAGGCUGCACAGGACAAAAUGCUGAGAAGCCACGAUGA